UUCUUGUAAAAAUAGUCCCUUGAUUUCGAAAUUCUUGAGAAAUAAAAUACUCUAUAUGCCAAUAAAAAAUCCUGUGAGUUCAGAAAUUGCAUUACUUUUAGCUCAUGCUAUUAUGAUCUGAAUUGAGGAGGGAACGGUGUCGAUUUGGAGAAGAUGGGAUUCAACGGUGUCGUUUUGCCUAUCCAGACGAUUACAGCAACGCGCACGAAGCUAUCUAAGAUGCACAAGGAGAAGGAACAUAUUGUACAUUGGAUUUUCAAAUUCUCAAGACGUCGUAAGAAGAUUCUCUUCUUAAUCUCCACUCUUGUCUUCAUUCGCCUCCUUUACGUCUGGAGAGGUGAAGAUGGCCAGGAUAUUGAAGUUCCUCCGAGUCAGCAUUUCAGUGUCAUUACAAAUAAAGAGCAAAUAAGCGAUAUCCAGAAUAACUUAUCUUACGUGAGAAAAGCUGUUAAAGCAUAUCGACCUCGUCCUCCUCCAUAUUUUCACGGCUAUAAACUUCCUCAAGAACAUCCUUGUAACAGAUUCACUUUACCUCCUCCACCAGCUGACAAAAAAAGAACCGGACCACGCCCAUGUCCGGUUUGUUACCUUCCAUUGGAAGAAGCAAUCGCCUUGAUACCAAGCUCACCAUCUUUUUCCCCUGUUCUUAAGAAUCUAACAUAUAUACAUGAGGAGCCACUAAACCGAAAAACAGAGUUUGGAGGGUCAGAUUUUGGCGGCUAUCCGACUUUGAAACAGAGGAGAAGAUCUUUUAACAUCAAAGGAUCGAUGAGCGUGCAUUGCGGAUUUGUCAAAGGACCUGAACCUGGAAGAGGAACAGGAUUUGAUAUCGAUGAGACUGAUCUUCUUGAAAUGAAGCGGUGUCGAGGGAUAGUUGUUGCUUCAACAGUAUUUGAUGCUUUUGAUGAUGUGAAGAGCCCGAGCAAUAUUAGUAAAUAUUCAGAGCAAACGGUUUGUUUCUUCAUGUUUGUUGAUGAAAAAACUGAAUCAAGCUUGAAGAGAGAUAAAAGCUUUAAUAGCACCACCAGUAAAGUAGGAUUAUGGAGAGUUGUAGUUGUUCAUAAUCUUCCUUAUACAGAUGGAAGGCGCAAUGGAAAGGUGCCAAAGCUUCUUGUCCAUAGGCUAUUUCCGAAUUCUCGGUAUUCUAUAUGGGUUGAUGGGAAAUUAGACCUUGUGGUCGAUCCACAUCAAAUUCUCGAGAGGUUCUUGUGGAGGGAAAAUGUCACAUUUGCAAUCUCUAGACAUUACAAAAGGUUUGAUGUGUUUGUGGAAGCGGAAGCAAAUAAAGCUGCGGGUAAAUAUGCUAAUGCGUCUAUCGACUUUCAAGUGAAUUUCUACAAGAAUGAAGGUUUAACACCUUAUUCCCCUGCGAAGCUCCCAAUCACAAGCGAUGUACCAGAAGGAUGUGUCAUCUUAAGAGAGCAUGUUCCAAUUAGCAAUUUAUUUACUUGCCUUUGGUUCAAUGAAGUUGAUCGCUUCACUUCUAGAGACCAAAUCAGUUUCUCAACAGUGAGAGACAAGAUAGCUGCAAAAAUAAAAUGGAAUGUGAGCAUGUUUCUAGACUGCGAAAGACGCAACUUUGUGGUUCAGAGAUAUCAUCGAGCAGAUCAAGAGAAACUGAAGAAGAAACAGUCUCCAAUGGCCAUUCUUCCUCCACCGGCAUUGAUCAGCAGCUAUUUGCCUAGAAAGUUGUCUAAUAUGAGCCACGUCGUAAGCAGAACGCCUCCCAGUAGGCGAGGAAGAGACAAACAAUCUACUUUGCCUACAAGAUUACCACAGACAGCUUAAAGAGAAUUGGUUGGUUACUUGACUCAAAAUAUUCAAAUUUCAAUCUUUUAAUGUGUAUAUGUAUGCACUAAAAACGAAACAUUGUAAUUGGACAUCAGAUUAUCAAGAAAGUGUCUUUUUAUUCA